CCCUCAACCGUUGAGGAAAUGAUCAAACGAGCGGUACGGAUCGACAACACGCUCAGAGACUUGCGAGCAAGAAAGGGAGGUCACUUUCAGCAUCGAAGCGAGUACCGACCCCCUCGGUUCCACGGAGGCAACAAUCACCGAGGAGGGUAUCGUGCCAACACUGGACAACGUUUCCAGCCACGAAACCAAGGUCAUCACGACCCUUAUGGGCCUCAACCUAUGGAACUCGAUGCGACCCUCUCUAAGACGGAAAGGGACCGCCGCCAGAAGGAGAAUCUGUGCUUCUACUGUGGCAAAUCGGGUCAUCGAAUGAACGAAUGCAACCAACGCAAAAACAAGGCCAAAAAACCCAGCCAGGGUUCUGGACGACGACAGCAACUUAGGGCCAAUCAAGAGAUCAUGACGAUCAGGGCCACCAGGGAGGCGGAUGACGAGGGUGCCCGCGGGCACCCACGACCUGGUGAGCUAUCCCCGGGAAGGGCUAGAAGAACCCGUAACACAGCUGCUACCACACAAAGCCCGGAUGCCGCCCCGAGGAGGCGAAGUGUGACGGAAAACCUGCGGUCGGCCAUGAGGACGACAGGGGGUCGAGGAAGUGUCCCACCAACAGGAGCGACAGUGCCCCCGGCCAGGGUAUCUUGGUAUGACUCGGUGGAACAAGGACGAGACACCACUGAGCCCCCACGGCAGGAGCCGACAGGAGACCGACACAGAAGGAUGGCGAGUACAGAUGCUAGCAACAACCCUCAGGAGAGUAACGAUCGGGUAAGAUCGCCACCACCGCCAUACCAGCAGUACACGGACGAGUCCGAAGCUGCACAACUUCAGUCCGGAGAUAUUUCGCUACACGAAACCUCGUUCCAAGAUCAAGGGACUGAGAGGACGAGUGGGUCCUACAGAAACGAAGCCACUCAACACGAGCCAGCCCAAGCUAUGGUGCACAGCUUUGACCCUUUCGUGCAAAGAGUCAUUGACCCGCUUGACGAAGACUAUGGCACCCAGGUAGAGGGCCCUGUACCCUGCAGGGAGGUACCUACCGAGUGGUCCAUAACCCCGAACCAAAACCCCCACCAAAUUUCGAAGGAAACCGCAGCGAAAUGGUUCAACGGAGUCCUUAACGACAUCAUCAAGGACCCAGCCAAACUCUCGACAUCGCUAAGGGCACUGGUUACCCACUGUCCACACCACAACCUCACGUGCUGGGACCAUACGAGCAGCACCUGGAGGGAGCACACGCUCCAAUGUGCUCGACACCCGGACUGGUGUCAGAUCUGCGGACGGAAAAAUAGCGACUACCACGAGGAGCUGGAACGGCUCAGCCACAAGCGACUCCAGGGAAGUGAAGCACAUAGGCCAUGUGACGAGCCAUGGUGCGAAUGCCGAUACAGGCAAUGGGGCCACAAAGAACACACCAGGCUCCCAUGGAUAGUGUGCCACGACGAUGCCUGCUUUACCCAUAACCACCUGAAGGACAUUGCCAAGUACCGACCAAAGCGACCGAAUAUCGUCUACGCAAACAACGAAUGUCCGUGCCGACAAAGCAACUGUUCAUGUCAGGGGUAUCAGCAACACCCAGAGCACUUGUUCAUGCACUGGACCAAGUGCUACGACGACGAGUGCCUUAUCCACUAUGAGGCCAAGCUGGGCAGGUACAUGCCUAGCCGCCCACGGCAUGAGAAGGCGCCAAACUGGAAAACCGUCACCCUUGCGGCCACGCGACAAGGCAGACACCUCAAACUCAUGGCAAGGGCCCAAGGAAAGCCAGUAUUCGUUAUGAUUGACUCGGGCGCGACAGGCAAUUUCAUCAGUCCAAGGUGCAUGGACCGACUAAGACUGCGAGGAGUUCAGAAGGAAGAACCGAAACCGAUCAGCGGGCUGAGCGGAGAGGAGUUGGGACCUCAAAUGCUCACGGUUGAAUCGGGAGUCAUAACCCUAGUGGUAAAAGGGCGACAGAUCGAGCUAAGUCUCGACGUCUUCCCUUUGGGGCAAUAUGACAUCGUGUUGGGGAUCCCGUGGCUCGAGGAUCACAACCCGGACAUCGAUUGGUCAACCAAGACAAUCCGAUGGAGAACUAGCCCACAACAACAGGCACCAGUAGGGGCUGGAGCCUUACGGCCUGCCAGUCAGAGGCAGAACGCCAAGCAACCUGCGGGGAGGUUGAUUCCCAAGGGCAAUCACGCCGCCUUGGAGGAAAGUCCAGUUUUACAAGUACUAGCAGCAACUUCACGACCAUCUGAACGAGUAUGGCUGAAAGAAAUACCCGGGUGGGGCACCGGCAUGCCAAUAAGAUACAGCGAAACGAUCCAGAUCGACGAAACGGACGAUUCGGACGGAGAAAACGGGGAGAACGCUCAGGCGCUUGCAGCGACCAAUACGGAAGCCAAGCCGGAACCAACGAUCCCGGAAGAGUAUAGUCGAUUCCAGGACCUAUUCCAGAAACCUGAGAGGCCGGAGCUACCACCUCGCGGACCCCACGACCACACCAUACCUAUCAAGGAAGGUGUCGAACUAAACUACAAACGAAUUCUACCACUGAACGACCGGGAAUCACGAGUCCUCAAAGAAUACAUCGACGACCAGCUCGCGAAAGGGAACAUCCGACCAUCGCGAUCACCCAUAGGGCAUGGCGUCCUAUUUGCACCAAAGAAAGACGGGAGCGACCGACUCUGCGUUGACUACCGACCACUCAACGACGCGACCGUCAAAGACCGAUAUCCAUUACCCUUGAUUCAAGAAAUCCAGGACAAAAUCCAAGGGGCAGUAUGGUUUACGAAGUUCGACAUCACCGACGCCUACUACCGCAUCAGGAUUGCGGAGGGAGAAGAAUGGAAAACGGCGUUUCGGACAAAAUUCGGCUUUUACGAAUAUCUGGUCAUGCCGUUCGGACUAACCAAUGCACCACCUACAUUCCAAAGAUUCAUCGACGAGGUGCUAAAAGACGAAGAAGAGGAUGAGGACGACGAAGAGGACACCGAGAGCGAAGAACCACAGGAACCGAUGAGCAAGUUUGCUCUCGCAUACCUUGACGACAUCCUGAUCUUCUCCAAGGGAAGGAAACAACAUGUCAAACACGUCAAACGGGUCCUCAGGAGGAUAAGAAAAGCCAAGCUACGGUGCAAACUCAAGAAGUGUGAAUUCCACGUCCAGGAAACCGAGUUCCUGGGCCAUUGGGUCACCAAGGACGGUCUUAAACCUGAAGCCUCUAAAGUGAGAGCUAUUAGGGAAUGGCCGGCACCAAAGAACCAGAAGGAACUACAACAGUUCAUAGGGCUUUUGAACUACUACCGGAGAUACAUCGAUCAGUACGCAUUCCACAUGGCACCUUUGUUCAAAUUGCUCCGAAAAGAACAGAAAUUCGAGUGGGAAGAAAUGCAGCAAGAAACCUUCGAAGCCAUGAAGGAAGCUAUCACGACGGCACCAAUCAUGCCGCAACACAACCCAGAACUCCAGACAACACUCGAAACCGACGCAUCAGAUUACGCCAUUGGAGCGAGAAUGACACAACCAGGACCGGACGGGAGACCCAGACCGGUAGGGUUCUGGUCAAGGAAGUUGACCGGACCAGAGAUGAAUUACGACAUCCACGACAAAGAACUGCUGGCUAUAGUGGCAGCAUUCAAGCAAUGGAGAGUCUACUUGCAAGGGGCAAGGCACACAGUCAUUGUGAAAUCCGACCACAAAAACCUGACUUACUUCACAACAACUAAAGAGUUGACGCGAAGACAGGCCCGAUGGGCGGAGCUGCUGUCACAAUACGACUACAAGAUUGAGCACUGCAAAGGCACGGAGAAUGGCCAAGCAGACGCACUCAGCAGAAGACCGGACUACGAGGAUAAGACCAGACAACCGCAACCAGCGAUCCUGAGGAAAAACGACGACGGGACGCUCGGAAACAACCCAAUGAUCCUCGCGGCCACCAUGACACUUUCGGGCGACAUGCUCCACACCAUCAGAGAGGCCAUGAAAGAAGACAAACUGAUGCAGCAAAUCCUAGCCUCUACACCAGGAGCAUUGGAGAAAGAUGGGGUGCUUCACAUCAAGGGACUCGUCUACGUUCCACCAGCACUCAUCCCACAAACAAUUCGGGAGCACCACGACGCGCCAGUGCAUGGGCACUUUGGCAUCGACAAAACCUGCGAGCACAUCGCACGAAACUACUACUUUCCGAACAUGAGAAAGAAGGUCGAGAGAUACAUCAAUGAAUGCGAAACAUGCCUGCGAGACAAACCAAAGAGGCAUGCACCAUACGGGAAACUUCAGAACCCUGAGGUUCCACAACGACCAUGGGAGUGGAUCACAGUCGACUUCGUCGGACCACUACCCACGACCAAGCAGGAAAACGACUAUCUAGCGGUUAUAUCGGACAGACUCACGAAGUAUAUACAUUUGAAAGCAACAAAAACGACCAUGACAGCAAAAGAAAUGGCGACGGUCUUCACCAAUACUGUUGUCAUGAACCACGGAGUCCCGAAGAAUCGAACUGCGAAUGACAACCGCAUACAGACCACAGUCGAACGGACAAACUGA